AUGACAACGCACGAAGAAAUUAAAGCCGAAUUAAAUGAAGCAAAAGAAGAGUACAAGGAGUGGAAGAAGGUGUGGGGAGAGAGGUUGAACAAGUUGAAGAGGGGAAUAGAGAAAGAAGAAUACGAGAGAGAGAAGGAGGACUUAGAAGGUGAAAAGAAAAAGCUGGAAGAGAGGAGAGAUAAAUGGGAAGUGUUGUAUCAAGAAGUGUUACGUGGAGAGAAAG